AUGAAUACGUUCAUAUGCACAUUCGCCGGAUGCACCAAAGUGUUUAACACAAGAAAUAAUAUAACACCCCACGCCAAAAUACACGCCAGUGUAAAAAUUCAGUGCGUUUUAUGUCAGAAAAUGUUUACGCGUAAAAACAAUUUGGAUAUCCACGUGAAAAUUGUGCACUAUGAGGGAAGAGUCGCCCCGACUAUAAUCCCACAGACACCGGCUCAUCUUUCGCCCCGCAGAAUACUACAACCACAACACCUGUAGCCGACUCGUCGAACGCACAAACGCUGAAGCUGAAGACAUAGAUGAAGAAAAAUUCCGAAAAUUACUUUCCGAACAGGGCAUGUAUCAAGGUCAGGGUAGUGGACUACUACUUCAAUCCAUAGUUGGACUUUUAUUAGGCGUAUAUAAAUAUACACCUAUUGGCGGUUCGUUAUAUAUUCCGCUACCCACAGACUUUUAAAUAAACGGGCCGUAAUAAACCCGCAAAAUAAGGAUCAGCAAUGUUUCAAAUGGGCGAUUCUCGCAAAACAUGUUACGGGCGAGCAUAAAAAUCGUGUAGGCGAAAAUUAUACAGAACACGAACAAAAAUAUAAUUUUUCUGGUUUAACGUUCCCCAUACCUCUAUCCAAAAUUAAAAUAUUUGAAAAAAAUAUUCCGUCCGUUUCGAUCAACGUGUACGGAUUAAAAGCGGAGAAGAAAAACAAACAAAUUAUUAAUACCGUUUUCCCGCCGAAAGUCGCCAACGAAGAGAAAACCAACCAUGUCGACCUAUUAUUAAUUAACGACAAUGAAAAAACUCACUAUACUUAUAUUUCGAAUUUUUCUCGUCUUGUACGCUCACAGAAAACCGCGCAUAAUGACAGUGUUGUUUUUUGUAAACGGUGUUUCACGUCGUUCGACAACCGUCCGAGAAUAAAGUUGAGCGGGCAGGCGGCGCUCGAACAACACAAAAAAAUAUGCGGCGAACACAAACCGUUAUUACCCAUUAUGCCCGGACCCGGAUCGAAAUUAAAAUCUGAAAAGUGGGGAAAAACACAAAGACACCCCAUCACCAUCUACGCUAAUUUCGAGGCGAUUUUGGAGAAGACGGACGAGAUGAAAGGAGGCAGUAAUCCAUAAUCCAUAAUCAUAGACCGAUGUCGUACGGCAUUUACGUGAAGGCGGCCGAUGACGUUCCUAAGGAAUUAUUAGAAGAAUUUCACAUACCUACCAAGCCGAUAAUCUACAGAGGGACAGAAGACGAACCGAACGUGACGAAACAUUUUGUAAAGACGAUAGUGGAGUUGGGUUUACGCGUGGAGCAAAUGUUGAAGACGAAUGAACCUAUUACGAUGACUGACGUAGAGCGAGAGAUACAUUUGACCUGCGAAGAAUGCAACUCAUGUAGAAAUAAAUUUUCUGCACAAAAUUAUAAAGUCGCCGACCAUAUCAACCUGUUUGGGAGAUUCGGACAGACGCUUUGCAAUACCUGUUACCUAAAGUUACAGAUUCCUAGUUUCUGGCCGUGCUUUUUCCAUAAUCUUAGCAAUUACGACGCGCAUUUCUUCGUCACGGAGCUGGGAUACGAUGCCGAAACAAUUUCAGUCAUUCCUAAUAGUGAGGAAAAAUUUAUUUCGUUCUCGAAGUACGUGAGCAAGACCUUCACCGUAAGAUUUAUAGACACGUGUCGUUUUAUGGCGUCGAAACUUUCAUCACUCGCGUCGAAUCUAUUAAUACCGGAUUUCAUUAGGUUCCGCGAGACAAUGAAAGUGUUCAACAAAGAGGAUAUGUCACUUGUUACGAGGAAGGGUGUAUAUCCGUACGAAUAUACAGAUAGUUGA